UGCCCGGCGCUCGGCUGUGACGGUGUAUGGGGAUGCUGGCGCUGGGGCUUCUUUGCUGCCUGCUGCGGGUGCGCAGUGCCGCCGUCCUGGCGUUUGCAGGCACCCGAUUUGGGGAGGAGGGCGGUGGUGGUCUGGGCCGCUCUCCGUGGGACGGAGGCAACCGGGACAAAGAAGCGGCGGCGGCCCUCCGGGAAAGUGCUAAAAGAAUUAGAUUACUGAACUCAUCAUCAAAAGAUAAUGUGACUGCUUUCUAUGGAAUAAAUCAGUUUUCUCACCUGCUUCCUGAAGAGUUCAAAGCUAUUUACUUAAGAAGCAUACCUCACAAGCUUCCCAGAUACAUAAAAGUGCCAAGGAAAAACGAAAAACCUUUGCCAAAGAAGUUUGACUGGAGGGACAAGAAAGUUAUUGCAGAAGUGAGAAAUCAGCAAACAUGUGGCGGCUGUUGGGCUUUCAGCAUUGUGGGUGGUAUAGAGUCUGCCUAUGCAAUUAAAGGAAAUAACCUAGAAGAACUCAGCGUGCAGCAGGUCAUUGACUGUUCAUACAAUAAUUAUGGCUGCAGUGGAGGAUCCAUUGUUAGUGCCUUGAGCUGGCUGAACCAGACCAAAGUAAAACUCGUGAGAGAUUCAGAAUACACUUUUAAAGCUCAGACAGGACUGUGCCAUUAUUUUGGUCACUCGGAUUUUGGAGUUUCAAUAACAGGAUUUGCUGCAUAUGACUUCAGUGGUCAAGAAGAAGAAAUGAUGAGGGUGCUUGUUAAUUGGGGCCCUUUGGCAGUAACAGUAGACGCGGUUAGCUGGCAGGAUUAUCUUGGUGGGAUCAUACAAUAUCACUGCUCCAGUGGAAGAGCCAAUCAUGCUGUUCUUAUCACUGGUUUUGACAGAACAGGCAAUAUCCCUUACUGGAUUGUACAGAACUCUUGGGGGCCUGCCUGGGGAAUAGAUGGCUACGUUCAUGUUAAGAUAGGCAGCAAUGUCUGUGGUAUUGCAGAUACAGUUUCAUCAGUAUUUGUUUGACACUUACUGGCCAAAGACUCCAAGUAUCAUUUGGACACAUGCUGCAUAUGAAGAUUUACUUCAGAACAGUUUCUUAAAAUAAGAAAUUGUUUUAAGGGUGAUUCCUGCUUUUAGGCAGUACAGGGAUUGUUUUUAUUUGGAAUAUACAUUUCACAUCAAAUCUCUCAUGGAAUGAGCAGACUCAGGCUCAGCUGCUGAGUGUGCAAAGGAAUUACAAAGACUGAAACUGUAAGUUUGAAUUCUAUCCAGGUGUUGAAUACUCCAUUAAAAAAAAAUCUUACAAGGAAAGAAGUGUUGUCAGAUCAUAAGGAACUUUGAUCAAAUAAUUAAUAGUAUGAGAGAGUAUAACUGAAAUGCUUUGAAUAUUAGAAACACUAUGAUUAGGUCAGCUUUUACUGGGCAGGGAAGAAGGGCAUUGUCUUUUA